AUGAAGGAGUACGUUACCACUCCUGCGUUCCAGAACCUCAUCUUCGACCAGCUAGUGAACAACAAGGGCAAGCUCAGCUACUGCGUGCGCUGGGAGAACGAUAAGAAGUUGACCAAGGCCGUGGCAUCCAAGUUCCAGGCCAUGAUCGAGCAGCAGAUCAACCUCUGGAACCGCUGGCUAGUGGGUUACAAUUGCUGUCCAAUCGACAAGAUUGACAUCACUGUGGUGGGUUUUGCCGUGCGCGACAAGUCGAUCAUGGACUGGGACGAUGACUCACUGGGUACUAUCUAUGAGGGUGUUUUGGAUCAGGAAGGCAACCCCCAAUGCCCAGAUGAUUGCUACAAGCACCGAGGCCAAUCUGCUAAUGCCGACACGAAAAAAUGCUGUGGGCACGGGAGGCGACUGGGGGCAGCGAAUCGAAGGUAA